AUGGAUUUACUAUCAAAUCAAACUACUGGAAUUCAAACAGCGUGGUUAUUAGCAACAUUAGGUUCAAAAGCUUCACAAAGAAAUAAAAUAAUCAAGAAAGAUAAUAUAUUAAAUGUAUCUAUACCAGAAAUAUGUCAAGAUUUAAUUAAUACUUUUGAUCAACCACAACAACCAGAACAACAACCAAAUAGAAAUAUUAAAUUUGCUUCAAAUAUUCUUUAUGGAUUAUCUAUUUUAUACAAAUCUAAAAUUUCAUAUAUUUUAAAUGAUUUAAAUUAUAUUCAAAUUAAAUUAUUAAAUUCAUUAAAAUUUAACAAGAAUUUAUCAUUACCUUCAACUACAACUACAACAACAACUUCAAAUUUAAAAAGAUCAAGAUUUUUUGAAAAUGAUGAAUGUUUUAAUAUUUCAAUUGAUUUUUUACCAAAUUUAAAUUUAGAUCAACCAUUUACUCCCACUGAUACACAAAAUCAACCACAACAACCAAAUGUUUCACCUUCAAAAAGAAGAAAAUUAGAAAUUGCAAGAUUUGAUGCUAGUGAAUUUCCAAUAUUUGAUCAAUCAACAACCUUAUCGACUAGUGGAGCUUUAAAUUUUGCAUUAUCAUUAAGUGAACAAGAAAGUAGAGAAGUUGAAAAUUUCUUAAAUUCACCUAUUCAUCAAACAAAUAUAGAUGAUGAUGAUCUUUUGGUUGGUCAAAAUAGAGUUGAAAAUAAUGAUGCUUUAUCUAAUAUCAGAUUUAAUAGAAAUGAUGAAUUACAAUUAGAUAGAAGAAUUAGUGGUAUUAAUAGUGAUCAUGAAUUAGGUGAUUUAAAUGAACAACCACAAGAAGAAAUGGAACAACAAAGAAGAUCAUUAAUUGAAGUUGAUGAACAAGAACAACAAAAUGAUUUAGAUUUAGGUAUGGAAGUUGAAUUAUCUCCUGAUUUAUUAGUUGGUGAUGAAAAUGUUCAAGAUGAUCAAGAUGAUCAAGAUGAAGAAUUUCAAGCUAUUUCUGGUGAUGCUACUCAACAACAACAACCAACAAGAGAAGAUGUCAAUACUAGAAUUUCAAAUUUAAGAAGUAGAAGAUUGGUGGUUGAUGAAAGAAUUUCAUUGAAUACUUCAAUAAUCAUAGAAAAUAAUGAUAAUUAUGAACAAAACAUGAUUCAAUUAAGAAAUCAACAACAACAACGUCAACAAAGAACAUCACAACAAUUAAUUGAAGAAAUUCAAAUCAUGUUGAAUCAUUCUACUUUAAUUAAUACUCAAAAUUCAAGAUCAUUAUCAAGAAUAAAUGAAAUUAAUCAAUUAACUCAAUCAAUGGCUAAUGAAGAUAGUGAACAACCAAGAAAUAUUGAAUCAUUACAAGUUGAAAACUCAAGAAUAUUUAAUGAAUCUCAGCAACAACAAUUACAAGAUAUGGAUUUAGAUUUAGGUGAUGAUAAUGAACAAGAACAAGAUCAUUCACAACAAUUAAAUUUUGAAGAUAAUAUUCAAGAAAUGGAUUUUGAAUUACAAGCAUCACAAAGAACAACAUCUUCAAGACUUUCUAAUUCUCAACAUAUUUUAAAUUUACAAUCUUUAACAUUAUCAGAUAAUGAAGAUUCAACAACUUCUCAAAAUCAAUUAAAUAUAAAAUUACAAAAAUUUUUAAAAUAUUUCAUGGAAAAACUGAUUGAAUUAAAUACAUUUACUACAAUCACCACUGUUAAUGAAGUUGAAAAACAAUUCACUUUAAAUUUCCAUCAAUUAGUUCCACCUCCUUCAUCAACACCUUCUCAAAUUCCAAUAAAUAAUAAAAAAAUAGCCAUAAAUUCAUUUGCAACAAUUUUAAUAUUAUUAAAUAAAAAUAUUUUAGAUUUAAAAAUUUUAAAUCAACAACAACAAGAUUCUGAAACAAAUACUUUUAAUUUAUUAAAACCUAAAAAUUUAGAAAUGUGUUUGAAAUUAAAAGAAAAUGAAUUACCACAAGAAGAAGAAGAAGAAGAAAAUCAAGAUGUUGAAGUUGAUGUUGAAGUUGAAGAGUCACCACAAAAUCCUCAAAGUAGAGAUAUUAGUGAAUUAGAAAUUCAAUUACAAUCUCAAGAAGAUGAAGUAAUGACUGAAUAA